GUAUGCGUCCGCUUCGCGGUCGUUUGUUCUUAUUACAAUCCCGGGGUACCCGAUCGUCGUCAUCGCACACUACCCACCUGUGGCACGCGAGAGAGGCGUUCGGAUUUCCGGGUUCCCGCGGCGCGAGAGUGGGCCCUCGCGCGCGCCGAUCACUCGCCGAUCGUGCGAGCGAGCAGGAGUCAAGUGUAUACCCAGAGUCAGAGAGUGAGAAGAAUUCGGCGCGGAUAAGUCGUCGUUUGGCGAGAGAUAGCGGCGCGCGCGAGACACGCCAGAGCGGGAUAUGCGUGCGAUUUGCUGAUCGAUACAUGGACGGUGUGGGCGAGAGGCGCCGAAGUAACACGUCCAAGUAAAACGACAUGGGAUUCGACUGGAGGAUGCUGCUGUCCGGAGCGUGGUUCGAGACUAUCGCGGGAGCGUUGCUCGCGAUCCUGGUGCUGGCCACCGGUUACAGGCCACCCUGGUGGUUCUGGACCAGAAACUACAACGCGAACGUUGACGCGGGCGACAACAGCAGGAAAUUCAAGACGGCGCGCGAUGUGCCGGGUCCGUUUGCCCUGCCAAUUCUCGGCACCAGGUGGAUAUAUUCCCGCUUCGGUUACUACAGCUUGAACAAGAUCCACGAAGCGUAUAAAGAUCUGAAUCGGCGAUACGGGUCGUUGUGCAAGGAGGAGGCGCUGUGGAACUGCCUCGUGGUGUCCGUGUUUGCCCGUCGCGACAUCGAGGCUAUCCUGAAACGGGGUUCGCGAUACCCGCUUCGUCCUCCGCAGGAGGUCAUAUCCCACUACCGGCGCUCCCGGCGCGAUCGUUACACCAACCUUGGUCUGGUCAACGAGCAAGGAGCAACCUGGCAAAAGCUUCGCGCCGCCUUAACGCCGGAACUCACUGGGGCCGGUACCGUAUUCGGUUUCUUCCCGGCACUCAACAUAGUCACCGACGGAUUCAUCGACCUAAUCCGCAAACGAAGAGCGGAAUUUACCGUGAAAGGCUUCGAGGAACUCGCUUACAGAAUGGGACUCGAGAGUACAUGCACGUUGAUCUUGGGACGUCACUUAGGCUUCCUAAAACCAAAUUCCACCAGUACAAUUACAACGAGAUUAGCGGAAGCGGUCAGGAUUCACUUCACGGCCUCACGCGACGCCUUUUACGGCCUACCGCUUUGGAAGUUGCUACCGACAUCUGCGUAUAGGCAGCUAAUAGAGAGCGAGGAUACUAUAUACAAUAUUAUCUCGGAGCUCGUGGAGGCGACCGUAUUAGAGAAGCAAGACGACGCCAGAGACGAAUCCGUCGAGGCGGUAUUCCUGUCUAUUUUGCGACAGAAAGAUCUCGACAUGAGAGAUAAGAAGGCCGCCAUAGUGGAUUUCAUAGCGGCAGGGAUACACACACUAGGUAACACGCUGGUGUUCCUUUUCAACUUGAUCGGCCGUAAUCCCGAAGUGCAGGAAGCUCUUUACAACGAGGCGCAGUCCCUGGCGCCUCCCGGUUGCGAUCUCACGGUGGAUGAUCUCCGAACGGCGAAGUAUUUACGCGCCUGCAUCACAGAAUCCUUCAGAAUUAUGCCCACGACGCCUUGCAUAGCCCGCAUACUAGAUGAGCCUAUAGAACUGGAAGGAUACCGUCUCGAUCCCGGAACAGUAGUGUUGUUGCAUACGUGGAUAGCAGGAUUGAGCGACGACAAUUUCAAAGACGCGUCCAAGUGCCUGCCGGAGAGAUGGUUGAAACCUAUGGCACCUCACUCGCCCUUAUUGGUAGCUCCCUUCGGCGCCGGUAGAAGGAUAUGUCCGGGAAAACGUUUCGUGGAGCUCGCGCUGCAGCUUAUUCUGGCAAAGAUCGUUCGGGAAUUCGAGAUCGUUGUCGAGGAAGAGCUUGGCUUGCAGUUUGAAUUUAUCCUGGCGCCGCAGAGUCCUGUAUCCCUCGGAUUCCGGGAUCGUAUGUCGAGGACCGAGAUGACCUGAACGAAUCUAUUCGCUUUUUCAUCGGCGAAUGUUUAUCGAACAAUGAAUAUUAAUUGAAUGAACAAAUGGUUGGUUCGAUUGUCAUCGAGCGGAACUUCGCACGUGCUUUGCUCCCUUCGCGUUCGGUUUCCGGGUCGGCGCUCUUCGUUUUUUUCAUCGAUUGAUUUCCGAGUGUUAGAUUUUAUGUUUAUAUAUUAUUUAUAAGAUUCUUUUUAAUUCGUUGAAAAGGAGCUCCGUUCGUCCAUCGAGGGAGAGGGAAGGGAGGUGGGAAGAGUAUUUGUCGUUACUCUUAUAUACUUAAUGUUAUAAUAUUUAUAUUUAGUUGCAAGGAAAAUGUGUAUGUGUAAACAAUCGGGAUCUUCUUACCUUUUAAGACAUUGACGCAUAUUGCAUGCUAUGCCCCGUAUCGUGUGUCACUCUUUUUCUCUUUCUUAUCAUGUAUUAUAAAAAGAAAUUUUUAGUCAAAACUCUUGCCAUGUCGGGCAAAACGUUAUUUCGUCCUUGUAAUAUAAAUUAUUGAAAUAAUAAAAUUAUAAAUUAAUUUAAAAAAAGAAAGAUGGGGAUGGGGGAGACGGCAAUGCGAAUGCAAAUGUGCUCGCGGGUUUCUUAGUCACCCCAUUUAGUUUUAUCCACGAUAACUACAAUAAUAAUUAAUAAAAUAGUCACUGUACAUAUAUACAUAAACACAAAAAGAAAUGUUGAUCUCGUAUUUGUUGCAUAAAAAAUUAUAUAUACGCUGUAAUGUUCAUUUAAUGUGAUUUAAUAUGUGAUAUUUAUUUGAAUUGUUUUUAUCAAAGCUCACCAGAGUGUCAUUUCGUACAGUUGUCGAGAUCAACUGUUGGGGUGACCGAGUUACCUCGCAUCGUAAAAUCACGAGAUAGAUCAUACGCCCAUUUACGAUAUUAUACUCUGUCAACGGCGUAGAGAAAAAAAGCGGCAGAUUUAAUUAUAUAAUUUAUAGUUAUUUAUUUUUUUCUCUGAGCUGCGCGCGCGUAUUUUUCGUUUACGAUGAAAGUAAGACGAUCCCGAUAUGUUGUCUAUCGAUUGCGCGCACCGAUUGACUAGCUGUGGCUACAUGUUAUAUUUACGUUAUCGUACGAAAGAUUUAUAUGCAACGUAAUCCGUUGACUAUCGAAAAAAAUUCGUUUUUUUCGAAUUAUUACGCUUUUUAAAAAGCGUCGGUGCCGAAAUUUAUAUUAUACUUAUUGGAGAGUGAUCUCAUUAAACAUCUCUGUCGGUUUUUUCGCGCGGUUUUUCAUGCAACUUGAAAAUGGAUCGUUGUUAAAAAUGAUCGUUGAUUUAUAUCCUUGUACAUAAAAUAUGUAGAUAUUUCUGGUUGAAAAUAUAAUGGAUAAAAAAGAAAU